CCUAUUUAUGAUCCCUAAUUAAGUACUCACUAUAAAUUAGCCAUUAUUAUUAAUUAAUGCCAAAGUAGUAAUGAUGGUAGAGAAGAACUAAUAAGUCGGUUACAUCCCACACGGUGCAUGAUAUCCUAAGGAAAUCGGCUAUUGCCAUUUAUUAAGCACAUAAUAUACAGCAAUUACUACGAAGUCCACCACGACAUUUUGACCACUUGACGGAAUCAUCCUCGAAACAACCAAACCUUUCCAAACCCAAAUCUCAAUCUCUUCGAUCUGUCCCUAUAUAUUCUGCAUUUUCCUCUGUUAUUUUAAUUAAUUACUUCGUAAUAAUUAAUCCGCCGGCAAUACCCGCACGCUUGAAUGGAGUGGUCCAAGCCGGAAGCCAUCUGCCGGAGACACCCGGACCACAAACAACCGUCCGGCGUCUGUUCUUGCUGCCUCAGAGAGCGGCUCUCCAAGAUCUCCGGCGCCGUCUCGGUGUCUUCCGGUACAUCUCUCUCUUCAUCUCCGGCGGAGAACUGCGACUACUACUCCGCCUCAUCCUCCUCUGCCUCCGGCUGCGGUACUCCCCGCGGCCAUCGCCGGAUAACGUCCGACGUGGCGGGACGGUUCUCUUUUCUUUCGAUUGGUAGCGGCGGAUGUGAAGGCAGGUUGAAGAAGAGCAGAUCGAUCGCUUUUGCGGCGAGAAAACAGGGGCGAGGUCGCGGCGGCGGGAAGAAGAACGAAGGGUUUUGGUCAAAGCUUAUUAAAUCGACGGGUAAAAGGACUAAGAAGGUUUUCUUGCACUAGAGACCUUCAAGAAUCAACAUAUUUCUCCUGCAUAUCUUUGGGUUUAAUAUAUUUAUUUAUGUGCGCAUGGAUUUUUGGAUUUUACAGUUUGGUCUCUUUUAGAGGCAUUCUUUUUACCUGUGCGUGAAUAAUAGAUUUAUUAAAUUGGUAAUCAUGGAGUACAAGGAAAUAGAAUUUUAGUUCAUUGUAUACGCAAUUCUUUAAAUUGAAAUCUUAUCAAAUUUAAGAUAGAUUUUUGGAUCCAAUGCACAAGAUCUA